UGGUUAAAUGUGAUAACAACUACAAAAAUCAUUGCUGUGCACUUGUUUCAUCUGAUCAAAUAAAAGUGGUGCUGACAGAAAGGCCCUUAUGCAAUGCAGCUGCAGAUGUUUUGCAUUCUUAUGCUGGGCGCAUUGGUGGUGACAACUGACCCUGACCAAUGCAGAUGUAAAGAUAAAGUGAACACUUGUGUUAUCCAUGAUGGAGUCCCUGGGGUGAAUGGAUUACCAGGAAGAGAUGGGUGGCCAGGGCCUAAAGGUGAAAAGGGAGAGCCAGGUUGCUGGACAGGGACGGAGAGGAAAUGCGGCCACAGCAUGGUCUUCUGGGCAGCCCGGAGGGCAGCGAAGUUGAGCAUGGGCUCGCAGUUGGGCCUCAGUAGAUGGGCUGCAGUACAGUGGCUUGGCCGGCGAGGAAUGCAUUGGGAGGGGCUCCUACCUGCUCUGUUCCGGCAAGGUUUGGUGCAGACAAUUCCACAAGUGCUGGUCAUCCAUCUGGGUGGUAAUGACCUUGGCUUGAUGAAGGGCAAGGCCCUCAUCAUACAGGCAUCUAAGGACAUGCAAGCGAUAAGGCAGCGUUGGCCUUGGGUACGUCUGAUGUGGUCAGACCUGCUUCCACGCAAGGUAUGGUGUGAUGUUUGGGACCUGGCGGGGGUUGAUCGAGUAAGGAAGAAGGUCAACCGGCAGAUUCGGUUGGCUCUUCUCGGGCAAGGGGGGUUAGUCAUUCCGCAUCCCCAAAUUCAGCAACAGAAGGGUGAACUGUACAGGGCCGAUGGCAUUCACUGUCAGACGCAGGUAACGACUUAUUUUUGGGAGACCUGCAGAGAUGUCUGCGAGAGGUGCUUCUCGGCAGUGGGGUAAAGGGGGACUAAAUAGAGAUUUGUCCCCUUUUGUGGCGGGAAGGUGCGGGAAUGGGAAAUAGGUAAGGACAGCUAGGUGGCCCCCUUAGGCACCUUUGAAGGUGAUUGGCAGUUCCGGAGGCCUGUCUCUCAGGGCUUUACGGCUCUAGGGCAGGAUAUGGGCUGCUUCUGGGGCCAACUUAUCCUCAUCUACCCAGGGGUUAUACGGUCCCGGGUGGGGAUGAUGUGGGAAGGCCCCCCUACUCACCUGCAAGGUGUGGCCAGGGUAAAGGGUAAGCAGAUGGGCUUGCCCUUGCCCCAACAGGGGCUGGUCGCCCGAGAGCUGUGUGGCAAGCUACUUGCUUAUAGACAGUUCCCGCACCUAGGUUUCCCUCUGCAGGUCACUUUAAAUUGGGUUUUUGUUUACUGUAAUUUAAAUAAAGUGGCCCUUGUUCAACCCAAGCUGAUGUCUCUGUGUUUUAUUUCACCCCUCAACUGCAAUACCCACUGAUGAGUAGCUUUGGUUGGAAAUAGACAAUAAUUUUUAGACCUCAAAUUUCUGAAGCAUCUAGUCAUUCUGAGGCUUCAAGGACAUAAACUUUGUGUUGUUAUUCUCUCUAGUGUCACUGUAAAAAAAAUAAUGUGCAGAAUAAGCUGUGGUAUCCCAUAUUACCCCCUAUAGAAUGACUUUGUUUAAAAUUUCUGCACCAAAAUAUUUGAAUUUUCAAAAAA